GACUUGCGACGGAGGCAGCGGGUCCGGGUCGGGGGACCUGAGAGGGAGCCGAGAGGUGAUCACCGCAGCGCUGCGCCAGGGACCGCGCGAUUCCUCCCCCACGCAUCUGGCCCGCGUCCCUGGGCCGCGGCACCGGAUCCCGGCGGGGGUGUGGACCCAGGGCCCGCUCUCCCCGGCGCGGCCACGGCCCCCCAGCGUGCGAGCGCCUAGGGGAUGCCGAGCUGCUCAAGAUGAGGAGGUGCGCGGGGCCGGGGCGGAGCGCUCGCGUUCCCUGCGUGUGAGCCCCCACCCAUCCCCGGCGCCAGCGCUUCCCCGACCACUCGGGUUCGGCUAUGCGGGAGCCGUGAGGAGGAGGCUUGCAGUCGUGGACCUGAGACCUCGGGAGGUCAUGCUGGCUUGCUUUUAAGUGGCUUGGGGAAAGUGAAGAAACCCCAAAAUGGAGGACUUUGCUACCAGAACCUACGGCACCAGUGGCCUGGACAACAGACCUCUGUUUGGGGAGACGUCCGCCAAGGAUCGAAUCAUCAAUUUAGUUGUUGGCAGCUUAACAUCCUUAUUGAUUCUAGUAACGCUGAUAAGUGCUUUUGUUUUCCCUCAACUACCUCCAAAACCGUUGAAUAUAUUCUUUGCUGUCUGCAUCUCUUUGAGUAGUAUUACUGCCUGCAUACUUGUAAGUACUGUUGAGAAUUUAAACAGUGUUCUUGAGGGUUUAAGUUGCAAUGCACAGGACAAAAAUUUUCAGCCUUGGGUCUAUACAAAAGGGUAUCUCUUAAUUAUAUCCUCAUCCUCCCCCUAAAAGUACGUUAGAAUUCUCAGUAAAAUCUGAGUCUUCUCCUUUUCUCCUAAAUCCCAAAGUUGUAACCCCAAAGAGAAAUUCCACUCCCUUGAUAGCUAAAAAAAAAAAAAGAAUUAGUGGGAAGACGUAGGUGGCCAAAGAUUUUAAUUCACUUAAUUCAUCUUCACUCAAGGACUAUAUAAGGGCCAACAGACUUUGGGAAAUGCCAGUUACUGCUAAGGGAAGAGAUAGAGCACUCUGGAUUUAAUUCUAAUUAUUACAAAAUUAGUUUAGUUUAAUCUACAUGUUUGUCUCCCACAGUGGAGGUAUUAACACCAAAACCUCCUCGGAAAUCUAAAGCUGCAGUUGUUGUAAAAAUGUUUGAUUUACUGCAAAUGUUUCUUUUAUGGUAAAGAAACAAAGAUGGUGGUGGCUUCUCAGUGUUCAAUCAUUCAUUAGUUGGCUACAUUGUUUCAUGUUCCUUUAGAGGCAGAAUCAAAAGAAAAAACAAUUAAUGGUAAUUUGCUUAUCUGAGUUAAAAUUAAACCAGGAGACAUCUCCAAGUGUUCUAAUUCACUGAUCCUGCUAUAUACUCCCAUGACCCGAAAAAGAACUAGCCCAUCCCACUUUGGGAGCUUUCCUGUUCCCCUAGCUUGAAGCCUAAAGUGACUAACAAUGAAUUAGUUUAAUCCAAAUAUAUUAUGGAAGCCCUGUUUUGCAGUCUGAACCAAUUGUAUGAAUCAUACGAGUCUAAAUGUUGUCUUCCUUUCCUGUUAAGUAGUAUGCCCAGAUACAUGUUCUUGGAUAGCUUGCCAGAUGACUGGUGGAGUAUACAGGUGUGAAUAUAGAGGAAAGUAAACUGAGAAAGUAGGAAUAAGUAUGAUCUUGGAUGUGGAAACUCAGAGUAAGAAUUAAAUUCUGGCUGCACUGGUCUCAGGAAUGUAGAGACCUCAGAAUAUAUGGAGAAUGUCUGUCUCAUUUGGGGGAAUAAACAAAUACUAAUGAAAUUUGAAAUUGGUAGAGAAAAUGUUAUACUUUAAAUUUUAAUUGUUUAUAAACUUUAAUUCUUCUUCUUUUAGAUCUACUGGUAUCGACAAGGAGACUUAGAACCGAAAUUUAGAAAGCUAAUUUACUAUAUCAUAUUUUCUAUCAUCAUGUUGUGUAUAU